CAACGUGCGCAACGUGAAAAUGGGAAAACCGAAGCAUAUGACCAACAAGCAGAAUCCGUUCGCGAAGAAAAAGCGCCAUAAUAAGGCCAAGUCGACAGAAGAGCGACCAGCACGGCGCGAAAAGCCGUACGAAAGCAUCGUGCCCGAGAAUGAGUCGUUCGAGGCGUACUACAAACACCAGCGCGUCUGCGAAGAGUCCGAGUGGCCCCAGUUCAUGGAGCACCUGCGGCGCACGCUACCGGUCACGUUCCGCAUUACCGGCUCGAAGGCCCAGGCGAAGCUGCUGCUGAAGAUCACGAAAGAAAGCUUCUUCACCGAAUACCUGCGGGCGGUGGGCGAGUUGCGCAAGCAGCAGACGGAAGAAGCCACGGGUGACCGGGUGGAGCCGCCCCACUCGCUCGGUUGGUACCCGAACGAGCUGGCCUGGCAGUUGGAGCUGUCGCGCAAGGAUAUUCGCCGCUCGGAGCCUCUUUUUAAGCUGCACAAUUUCCUCAUCUCCGAGACCAACUCGGGCAACAUCAGCCGCCAGGAGGCGGUCUCGAUGAUUCCGCCCCUCGUGUUGGACGUGCAGCCGCACCACCGGGUGCUGGAUAUGUGCGCUGCUCCGGGCUCGAAGACGGCGCAGCUAAUCGAAGCCCUGCACGGCGCGGUCGUGGAGGGCCCGUCGACCCGAUGCCCGUCCGGUUUCGUGAUGGCCAACGAUGUGGACAAUAACCGCUGCUACAUGCUGGUGCACCAGGCGAAGCGCCUCAACUCGCCCUGCUUCAUGGUGACCAAUGAGGACAGUGCGUCGUUUCCGACGCUGGAAGUCACACUGCCGGACGGCACCGUCGGCCCACUGCAGUACGAUCGCGUCCUGUGCGACGUGCCCUGCUCGGGCGAUGGAACGAUGCGCAAAAAUCCGGACAUCUGGACCAAGUGGAGCCUCAACCAGGCCAACAACCUGCACGGGUUGCAGCAUCGCAUCGUGAAGCGCGGCGCCGAGCUACUGGCCGUCGGUGGCAAGCUCGUUUACUCGACCUGCUCGCUCAAUCCGAUCGAAAACGAAGCGGUCCUACACCGGCUGCUGAAGCAGAGCGACGGCGCACUGGAGAUCGUCGACUGUGCCGAUCUUCUGCCCACGCUCCGGUACCGCAAGGGCAUGACGUACUGGGAACCGGCCACCAAGGACCUAAAGUACUACAAAUCGUUCGCGGAGGUACCGGAAAAUCAGCGCACCGUCGUCCGGCCGGACAUGUUCCCGCCGGCGUCCGAGGAGGAAGCGACCGGCAAGUAUCAUCUCGAUCGGUGUUUGCGCAUCUUGCCGCAUCACCAAAAUACGGGCGGGUUCUUUAUUGCGCUGCUGGAGAAGAAAAAACCGCUACCCUGGGAGACGACCGUGGCCGCCGACAGCGGUGAGUGCGAAGCAACCGCAACGCCAAAGUCAGAGGGCCAAAGUGCGCCACCGGCACCGAAAAAGGCUCGCUUCAUGCGUGGCUUCAAAGAGGAUCCGUUCGUGUUUUUCGAGCAGAACGAUGAAGUGUUUGCCUCGAUCAAUCGUUUCUACGAACUGGACAAAGAUUUCGAUCCACGCAAUUUCUUAACUCGCUGCCGCGUUGGAAAGAAGAAGAACAUUUACUUCUGUUCCGGCACCGUCCGCGACGUGGUGGAGAGGAACGAGAAACGGGUCAAGUUUAUCAAUCUGGGUGUUAAAACGUUCGUCCGGUGUGACAACCGGAACAUGCAGUGCGAGUUCCGGCUCGCAUCGGAAGGACUCGCCAACGUGAACGGAUUCAUUGGCCCGCAGCGCCGUGUGACGGUAGAGCCGGACGACCUGAUCAAACUGCUUUCCUGCACCGAUCCGACUCGACCGCCCGAGAUCUCCUCGCUGGCCGAAAAGACGCAGCAGAAUCUGAAAGAUUUCGAUUCCGGUUGCUGCAUACUGGAGUGUCAGCUAGAGGAUCUCCCACUGGCCACCGUCGGAUGGAAGGGUACGCUCAGCCUGCGGGCGUACGUCGAUCAGCACGACACGGUGCAUCUGCUCCGGCUUCUCGGUGGAGAUGUUUCAAAGUUCGAGAAGAACAAAUUCCAGGACAAACUUCAGCUCGAAGACACAGCCGAAGACGGUACGGAUGGUGUGGCCCCAACAGAAGAGCAGCCAGAUGAGGCGGCGAAUGACGAGUAG